AUGCGCAUCGUGGACUCCAGCGGUGGCAAUCUGGUCUUCAAGGGCGAUGGAACACUGCAGAGCCCAGAGGUGCAAUGGUUGCAUUCCUUCUACUUCGUUUUGACGGUCUUCACCACGGUGGGCUUCGGCGACAUGUCGGCCUUCACGGAAGCGGAGAUCGGCUACGUGUGCUUCACCAUGCUCUUGGGGGCCAUCGUCAAUAGUGCCACUCGACUGGUGGGUCCGCGGGUCCUAUGA